CUGUAUAGUUUUCUAGGAACGACGCUGUGGAAAGGAGGGUUCGUUACGAGCUUUAGUUUACAAAGCUACAGGCUAGCUGUCUGCCUAAGUUAAAGUUAUUGUAGACUGACAGUGAACAACGUUAGACUUUCCCUAAAACCACUUGUCUGGAGACAAGUAAUAGACAUUUCUUGGAGGCUCCCACGUCUGAAUCUCUCGAGAUAUUCUGGUAAUGCUUCACACUUGAUAAGCAGUAAUGUGGUCCAUUCAGACAAACAGUUGAACUGCUUGGAAUUUAAACCGUGAUGUUCUGUUGAAAGACAGUAAACUGUAUGUUGGACAUUACAUUCACCUUGUUUAUCAGAAUAUUAAAACAAUGGACUUUUCUUUGCUACUAUUCGUUCUCUUCUUUAUCGCCACGUGUUCAGCCAGGAGGGGAAGUAAACCAGCUCAAUACAGAACAGCAUAUGCCUGCGAAGGACGAGAUCUCAACAUCACUUGUAAUCCAGGAUAUCACAUCCUCUUGAUCCGGGCUAACUAUGGAAGGUUCAGCAUCGCUCUCUGUAACGAAAAUGGUGCUUUGAACUGGAGUGUGGAUUGUAGAUCCAAAAAUUCCUUCUCUGUAAUGCAGAGCAGAUGUGCUGGCUUGCCCAGUUGUACCAUUGAAGUUUCCAGCAAGACAUUUGGCGAUGACCCUUGUCCAGGGACUUACAAAUAUUUAGAAGUGCAUUACAUAUGUGGUUUAGAUGUUUCUACAACAACCACAAGACGUCCACGUCCACAAAUAAUUUUCCCAACUAUACGAUCCCCAGUAAUCAAAUCAACCACAGAACUUCUGAAAUUUUUGACAAAAACUUCCCUCACCACAACACAGACUUCAUCAUCCACAGCUAUAACAGUGAUGACAACGACAACAACUGUUUCAUCAUUGUUAGAACCAAACAGUGCAAACCCAAUACAAGUGUUUUCAUCAGAUGAACCAAGUAUUAUUAGCUCAUCAAAAAACGCAACGGAUAAGUAUUGUCCACCAGUGUCCUCUCGUGGCCUUUUUUGGAACUGGACUCGUAUAGGGCAGGUAAUGGAACAGAAGUGUCCCGAUGGCGCCCAUGGUAAGGCAACAUGGACAUGCAGUACCUCCACUAAUUAUUGGUAUCCUUUAACACCAAACUUUAGGAAUUGUAGUUCACUUUGGUUUGGGAAUUUUGUUGAAAGAAUGCAUGCAGUCAGUAAACAUGAAUCAGUGGUGAAUGUGGCAGAGGACUUAUCACGAAGAACCACGAAAAGGCGGCUUUAUGGUAAAGAUAUUAAAGAAGCUUCUUUCGUUAUGAAAGGUCUUGUGUCAGCAACUAAAAAUCAACCACAUUACUAUAGUCAGAACCAGAAAAAGGAGUUGAUGCAGUCAUUGGUGAAAGUCAGCAGUAACUUAUUAGACAGAAAACAAAUAGAGUCUUGGGAAGACCUAAGUCCCAGUAAGCGGAGGUUUUCAGCAUCAACAUUGUUAGAAAGCCUGGAAGACAAUGCAUUAUCUCUUGCAAAGGCACAGAUAGCUGGAGAUGAGUUUACACAUGCUGAAGAAAAUGUUUUGGCCUCGGUAAAGGUUAUCAAAGCCGAGGGUUCCUCUGAAGUGAUGUUUCCCCAGGCUAGGGAUAUCAUGAACACAACAUGGAGAGGAAUUGAAAAUGUAGUGUAUAUUCCUGGAGCAGUAAUACAACACUUUGCCAGAUUCUCUGAAGGAUAUGUUAGUGUCAUUUUCAUGGCUUACAAUAAUAUGGAGAAUAUCCUUCAAUCACAUUUACUAUUUCCUCAACAUGGCCCUUCUCAGGGCCAGCAAGAAGUUUCAUCUGAGAAAAUAGAACAGGUUGUGAACAGCCAUGUGGUAUCUGUGUCCAUUGGAAACACGCAGUUUACACAUCUUCCUGAACCCAUCAUCUUAACAUUUUUAAAUUUACAGAAAGAAAAUGUCACAGAUCCUCGCUGUGUUUUUUGGGAUUUUGAAACUAGUGAUUGGUCUAGUCAAGGAUGUGGUGUUGUAUCCUUCAACUUGUCCCACACUGUAUGUUCCUGCAACCAUCUAACACAUUUUGCAGUUCUUAUGACUAUUAAAGCAGUUGAGUUGCCCAUUGAGAACAGCAGAGCUUUACUAGUGAUCACAUAUGUUGGCUGUUCUGUUUCUAUCAUUUCACUUGUUCUUGCAGUAAUUACCUUCCAGUGCUUCAGAUCCUUGCAGAAUGAUCGAACAACAAUCCACAAAAACCUGUGUCUUUGUCUCCUGGUAGCUGAAGUUCUGUUUGUAGCUGGGAUCAACCAAACAUCUGUACCAGUUUUAUGUGGCAUUGUAGCUGGACUUUUGCAUUAUUUUUUCCUGGCUGCUUUUGUGUGGAUGUUUUUAGAAGGCUUCCAGUUGUAUUUAAUGCUUGUCGAAGUGUUUGAGUCAGAAAAGUCCCGAGUGACAUGGUUUUAUUUGCUGGGAUAUGGAGUACCUGCAGUUAUUGUCUUCACUUCAGCAGCAGUAGAUUCUCAUAGUUACGGAACUGAUCAGUAUUGUUGGUUGAAGGCAGAUAACUACUUUAUUUUCAGUUUUAUUGGACCUGUUAUUGUAAUUCUACUAGCCAAUAUGGUAUUCUUGAGCAUCGCAGUGUUUGUUAUGUGUCGUCAUGGGAACUUGAAAACAGCCAUAAAGGCAAAGGAACAAGCAAGGUUAACAAAACUAAGUGAUCCUGAAGACCCAUCUCUCCAUAAGGUUUUAAUCACGCUGUGGAUUCGGGGAGCAACAACACUUGUUGUGUUGUUAGGCCUAACCUGGACUUUUGGAUUGCUGUAUUUGAACAAAGAAUCUGUCAUUGUUGCAUAUAUAUUUACCAUACUUAACAGUCUUCAAGGGCUUUUCAUCUUCCUCUUUCACUGUGUCAGAAAUAAAAAGGUUCAGAAGGAAUACCAGAAACUCAUCCAUCAAUCAGAUUGGCUUCCUGACUGCCUUUGUAAACAAAAAACCCAGGAACAACAAUCUAGCAUUGUUACCUCAUCCACUACACAGCCAGCCUGUUCACACAGUUCUCCUCCUCAUUCAUGGAUUAUAACUUUAGGACAUGAUACGCCAUUGGUUAGUUCAUCUUUACUCAACACAACAGAAGAUCCUGCAACCUCUAGAAAAAUAAAUCAGAACAGAAGAUCAUCACAGAACAGCAGUGUGUCAUCACAAAAUCUCACUAGUAAGUCUCACCUGAGAAACAGUCUUGGAAACUGUAUCUUUAAUGAAAACUUAUCAGAACAAGAUGGAAGACAGACAAUUACUAGAUUGCACAGACCUCUAGCUGCUGGAAGUGUGAUUGAGAACCCAAUGAAGGCAUACGAUCUUUAUCGUUUAUAUAAAGAGCAAGGUGUCAUACAUCGAUCAGAUAUGAAUCAAAGAAUGAACCCAUUCUUGGACCACAUCUAUGAGUCUAUUGACACUGACCAGGAAUCCCUAUCUUCAUCAUAUAAGUGCUACCAACCUUCAGUUUCUUGCAAUCAAAUGUCACCUGAUGGACAAUAUAGAUACAAUUAUAGCCCUAGUCAUCAGUCAACAUCAAGCAUUGUCUGUGAUCAGCGCCCACUACUCCCAGCUCAUUUAACCAACAGUCCUGCUAACCUGGGUCACAUACCUAGUGAUUGUCAGCACUCCAUGCCCCACUGUUAUCCAGAUGAAACAAGUUACCCAAAGCCAGGUCCUCUAGAUUCAGACAUUUCAUCAGUCAGUUCCUUAGAUAUGAAGGGAAACAGUUCCUCAUCUACUCUACCUGCUCAUUCCACCACUCCAAGCAGCGAGUUCAGUGAUGGUCAACUAACUAGUCUGUCUUACCACCGUCAACAAAGAUUUUUACCUGCAGUGACUCAAAAUCUGUAUCCUCAGAAUGAGGUCUUAACAAUUAACACAACAAACUACCCUAGUUUCAACACCGUGUCAGUGGACCCCAUUAAAUGCUAUGGUACAAAUGUUAUGAACUCAGAUUGUUACCUAGGUAACAAAUUCAUGGCCAAAGGACAAAAUAGCUAUCCUAGUGAUUUUACAGUGGCAGACUACUCAAAGGGUGAUCGUAGUGAUAAUUGUCUAGCACUGGACCAAAAUAACCACUCUAGUGAUAAUGCUGUAGUAAUGGCUGUUUUGGAUGGGGAACGAGUGGUAUGUAAACUUCAACCUGAAGACUUCAAAUGGUCAAAACAUGAGCCUACAUUAACUUAAUCUUCAACUGACCAAAGAAAGUGUAGCUUCUUGUUGUUUGUAUAGCCUUUGUAUAAAUAUGCCUUUCACUGUCGCUAAAGCUGAUAAUGCUAUGUGAAAUAAGUUGCCUUGACUUGUUUGUGUAUACAAUAUGCUGAUCAGUCUCGUUAUUUUCUUCUUAUUGUAAUGAAGUCCAAAAUUUUGUCAAGA